AUUAGUUCUUGUAACUGUAAAUUCUCCUUCCAUACAUAGUACCAAAGCAUUUAUUUUCUAAUCAAUUAACAUUUACACUUUCUUGAGUAUUAAACCCCAUUUUUUUCCUCACUUUCAUCAAGCUUGAAAAAAGACAAAGGGAGAAGUUGAGGAACUCAAACCCUCUCCAUAUAUGGAGCCACCAAGAUUAGAUCCAUGCAGUCAUUCUGAGAGUUCAAGCACCAAUUCACCAUCAUCAUCAACAUGCCUCAUCAACAACUCAGCCAAGAACAAGUCAUCGAUGCUAGUUAAUUACCCUAUUCCUAUGGAAGAACAAGUUCAAGAACAAGAGCAAAUCGAGAACCCUGAUCUUGUAUUGGAUCUAACCCUCUCGAGAAAAGAUUUGGAUCGGAAUUCCAAGCCGGAACUCGCGCUUUUCCAGACAAAUCCACCGGCCAGUACUGAAUCGGAAAACCGUGUUUUCUCAUGCAACUACUGUAACAGGAAGUUUUACAGCUCGCAGGCUCUAGGGGGCCAUCAGAACGCCCACAAGCGGGAGCGGACGAUCGCGCGGCGAGGCCAGCGCAUUGCCGGCACGUCAUUCGGCCACCAUGAUGCGGCGGUGCACCGCUACUCGAGCAUUGCUUCUCUCCCUCUGCAUGGAUCCUUCAACCGGUCUCUUGGAAUUCAGGGCCGCCAAGAAAGCCUCUUGAUCAGCAGCCGGCGGUAGGGCGGCUGGCGGUGGAGAAUCAUCAGGUGGGGCAGUCAUCCAGUGGCGGAGCAGCUAGGUUUAACGGUGGUCGGAGGUUCUCUACGGCGGUGGAUGGGGUAGGAGGAUUCAGAUGGGACAAUAAUAGCUCACAUUUGAAGACUAAUAAUCAAGAAGAGUUGAAAAAGUUGGACUUGUCUCUCAAACUCUAA